AUCCACGUACUCACCAACACCUCAUCUCAUUCAACUUAACUCAACUCAUCCCAACACCUCUAAAGUCCAAAAAAAGAAAAAAAACAAUGGACGACCCCUCAACCCAAACAAUCAAAAUCCUAACCCACCUCUCCAAAACUCUCUCCCUCUCCCCGCCCCAAUCAACCCACCCACCCGCAACCCUCACCGGCCUCCCGACAUCACACACCGGCACAGCCUACCUCUUCCUUUCCGUCUCGGCCCAUCACCCCCGCCUCCAGAUCCACUCCUACCCGGCCAUCCACUGGGCCCGCGCCUACAUCUCCAACAUCCCGACCCCGUCCGCCCCGAUAUCUCUGCCGUCUAGUACACAAGAGACAGCACGAGACAUACCAGUCCUGGGCCUCCUCUCCGACGACCUAGCCGGCCCCGCCAUCCGCGCCUGCGUGACAAAAGACCUCCUGCACGUCCGCAAGUUUCUCGCCAUCCUCUCUCUCGUGUUGGAACACAUCAUCUCCUCCAACGCAAACGCCAACUCCUCGUCCUCCUCAGCACCGAUGUCAAACUCUUCCACGACAAUGGACCUAGACGCUCCAGAACCGACAACAACGUCAACACCACCCCUGCCAAGCUGCCUCCUCCACGGCCUCGCAGGAACACUCUACCUCCUUCGCCUCAUCCGCCACUGGGUCCCCUCCUCCGCGCCCCUCGUCUGCGGCGCGAUAGUCCACGUGUCAGAGUACCUCCUCGGCCCACAUCCCUGGACAUGUCCCUCUCGAUCACCGACGUCGUCUCAAUCUUACUCCCACUCUCACUCUCCUUCAUCACCAUCACCGCCGCCACCAGAAGACACCCACGGCACAACCCACGGCGACCUGGGCAUACUAACCCAACUCGUCCUCACAUCCCCGCCCCUCGCCGCCUCCCCGGUCCUGACAUCCCGCCUCGCCGCCCUCCUAGACCUCCAGCUUCCCAACGGCGACUGGCCGGCUCCGUCAACCACCUCACCUUCGCCCCACUCACAGCCCUCUCAAAGCGAAAUACAACAAGCCUUAGACGCACCGCCAACACCAACACAACAAAAACCAGCAGCAAAAUCAUCACCACGCCCACCCCGCGGCUUCGCCUCCGGCCCCCAAGGCCUCGUCCUCUCCCUCCUCUCCCUACGCCCCUUCUUCCCGAGCCUCCACGAUCGCACAGACGACGCUGUUGAGAAGGCGCGUGAGUUCCUCUGGGCUAGGGCGGUUGAUUCUGACGUGCCGGCUGAGGAUGUGAAUCUGUUUUACGGGUCGUUGAGUACCGCGUUGUAAGUCCCCCUUUAUUUCGUUCUGAGCUGUUUGGAUGUGAGGAGUGGAUAUGGACCUUUCAACCCCCUAUUCCUUGAUGGAGAAGACACGAGUAGCAGUGUGUGAUAUCAUUCCAUCAUACCGUUGGCAUCUUCUUCAUUCAACCUGCUCGCAUGCUCACGAUCCUUUCUCGCCUAUCCACCCCUGUCGUCAGAUUUCUCCUAUACCUCACAACACUGGCCCUCUCAUACACGUAUCCAAGCCUCACAACCAGCCCUAACCUCCCAUCUCACUCUCAACACACCCAUUUCAAACAUGAUCCUACUCUCAUAACUAACAAGCCUCCAGAACCUUCCCAAAAGGUCCCAAAAGAACCCACCUCCUAGCCCAACAACC